GUCACGGGCCACGCCCAGCCCCUUGCUUUCCGGUGCCCACUCGCUGGAGAUUUUCCCGCCAUUUCCAGCGCGUCGUGAGGAGAAGUGGAUGAUUUCGGGGAGAUCGGAAGCCUUCUGGGAUUACGGCAGCCGAACUGGGAAGUAUGGAUUGGUUUCACUGCAACCAGUGUUUCCGAAAAGAUGGAGACCAUUUCUUUGUCACCAGCUGUGGCCAUAUUUUCUGUAAAAAGUGUGUGACUCUGGAAAAAUGUGCUGUUUGUGGAACUGCAUGCAAACAUCUGGCUCUUUCUGAUAAUCUGAAACCUCAGGAGAAGAAAUACUUCAAAAGCCCUGUCGAGACAGCUUUGCAGUAUUUCAGUCACAUUUCUCAGGUGUGGUGUUUCCAGAAGAAACAAACAGAUCUGCUCAUCAACUUUUAUAAGCAUAGAAUCACAAAGUUAGAAGCAGCCAUUCAGGAGGCACAGCAAACAGUGACCAGACAGGACAAAGAACUGUCUGUCUUAAGGAAGGAGAAUGAAGAACUAAAGAAAUUUCUAGCCUUCCUAAAGGAAUCUCCAAGUCAUUACCAAGGAAGCAGAUUAACCACACCUCGACCAGUGGGCAUCACUUCCCCAUCACAGUCAGUUACUCCACGACCCAGUUCUCAGCAUAGCAGCCAAGUGGUCAGUCGUUCCUCCUCAGUGGAGUCUAUCCCUUUUAGAGUAGCUGGCUUUGGUAGCUUGGGACAAGGAUCCAGAGGCCUGCAGGGAAGGAGCACUCCCAGAGACUCUUUUACUGAAACCCCUUCACCAGCUUCCUCUUACAGCCUAUCUUACAGACCAUCUGCCUCCUCAGGACGGGGGUUUUUUCCUUUCGGACCAUCUCUAAAUGGUGGGAAUUCAGACCACACAAGAGUCCUCACCCCUGACAAUUCAGGUCAAAGGGAAGGCAGAACCACUCUAGAGAGUCUUCCUGGUUUCCAGCCACCAGUCCUGCAAACUCUCUACCAACAGAGGCAGAUGGGAUUAACCAGGGGGAGAGAAGGAUGGACCACUCCCAGAUAGACCGUCUUCAAAUGUGAUCUAUGCACACUGCUGAAGGAUGACCUGUAGUAUCCACCAGAGGCCAUGGUCUUGGAAAAGGUAUCCCUGCCUUGUUUCCUGGUUUCACUCAGUACCUCAUCUCUUCCAAAUACACUCUGUAUUACCUCUUGGGAAAGUGGUCAGGUUUUAUAUAAGGCUUAUGCUACAGGAUGUUUGUAUCUCUCCCACAAGACAUAUGUAGCUCCCUCAUUCUUGCAAUUUGAAAGGGAGUCAAAACAAUUUUUGACAUCAUUGAAGGGGAGGGUAACAUACUGUGUUUUAUUUUUGGAUUUCAAUUUUUAACCGUGGAUAUAUUCUCAUUGCUAUAUUGCCAAUGUUAAUAAGCAACAACUCUUGUUUCUUGUUCUAAUUUAUAAUACUUUCUCUACUUGCCUAUUGUUUCUUGUGCCUACUUAUUAUUAAAUGUUUAUUUUCCUUUCUGUUUGAACAGCUGGAGAUAGACUUUCAGAUUACAAAAGUACAUAGAUAAUAAAGAGGAUGCCCUUUUAUUGCAGCU